AUGGUAGUGCAGUUACGAUAUCAAGAAGACUCAUUGCCGCUCGGAAGCAAGUUCCCUCGCUUCCCUGCACCUAAUGAGGGGCAGUCACUGGUAGAUGAAGAUGAAGAUUCAGAAAUUCACAAGGGCGUCUGGCAACUGUUCUGGCAAAAACAAGUCAGAGAACAGGUGAAUUGUUUCAUCCAGCGACCCAUGUUGGGCUUGUAUGUGACCAACAACAUCGAGAAAAGACCGAAUUGUAUCCGAGAACCCAAAACUGGUAAAGCAUUAACCUUUUCUAUCCCAUGUCGCUACACAGAGCAGUUUGAACAAUUUGUGCUGGAAACAAAUGAGCCAUACAUGACUAUGGAUGAGUACGCGGCAGAGUAUGGAAGCGAUGGCCCCUGGCUCUCCUACCACUUCCUGGUGGGUCCGGAGGGAGUCGACGAAGGACAGGAAAGUUCUCUGCCUCAAACUUCUUCAUCAGGAGCUCGGUUGGCUGCUGCACCCCCUGGAGCGCAAUCCGCACCCAGGAAAGCGCCGGUAAAGAGCAGGCUGGGAAAUUUGGGAUAUGAGUCAAAUAUCGGUCGACCUACAGUUCCGGGAUCGAGCCAUAGAGUGGAACCUACUCCCAGAAAACACCAGGCUAAGAGCUUUUUAGGAGUUUCGGGGACUAGGUCACAAGCUGCGAGUAAAUUUGGCCCACCGCAAAGUUUGAAUGAAAUCGGAGAAGAGCCAGACGGGUUGUCUCCAGAGCAAGAUAUGGACGCAACUGCCAUUGGUAUAAAUUCGGGAGGAGGAGGAAAGUUAGGUUUUAACGGUUCCGACGAGGAGGGUGGUUUUGGAACAGACGAUCAGUCUCCAUUGAACAGAAAGAGAAUGAGAGGAACGCUUUCUGACGACAACCACAGUGAGAGAGGCGCAGGGAAGCUGUCAUUGAUGUCUGAUGAUGAAGGAACACCUACUGAAUUGAAGUCUUUGUCCUCUGAUGGUGGCAAUCACGAAGAUGAAGGUGAUCUUGCUCCAGGCUAUCACGAUUCAGACAUGGAUGAGUUUGAUAAGCCGCCACUUUUCCCGCCAUCUGACGACGAAGGUGACGUGGAGCCUAUGCCAGCAGCUUCUCAGAAAUCUUCAAAAUUUCAGACAAAAAUAGGUCUUGCAUUUGGUGGCGGGAAUCAAAGAAGGCAGCCAAAGCCAGAAGUGCCUAAGGAUGAUAAACCACCACUUUUUCCUCCGUCUGACGAGGAAGACGACCUAACAGAUUUUGUUCUGACUGACGAUGAACACGUCGCAAAGCCUGUUCCAGCAGCUCCUCAGAAAUCUUCAAAAUUUCAGGCAAAACAAGGUUUUGAUAUUGGUGGCGUGAAUCGAAGUGUGCAACCAAAGCCAGAAGUACCUAAGGGCAAUAAACAGCCAUUUUUUCGGCCGUCUAAUGAUGAAGACAACAUAAAGCGAAUGCCGCCACCAGCUCCUACGAAAACUUCCAAAUUUCAGAUGAAGAGAAAGGGGCUUGGUGGCAUGAAUCAAAGUGUUGGUGGCGGCGUGGAUGAAAGUAUCGACGGAUUUCCCAAAGUUAUAAACAAGAACCCCUUUUGUCCAGAUCUAGAGGAGUGCAAAGACGAUUCAGGCCUGUUUGUGCAGAGAUUCUGUGAAGUCAACAGACGGGCGACCCACUCCAGAUAUAGUCAGAGACCGUGCAUGACGGUAUCAGAAAGUCAUUAUGCGAGAACUUUUGUCCAAGAGGAUAGAUUAGGAGCAGGAAGUUUUGGCGACGUGAACUUGGUUUGGAACAAAAUUGACGGGCGGUUCUAUGCUGUGAAGAUGCUGGAUUUUAAGAAAGGCAACAUGAGACCCCGAGACUCACUGAAGGAAAUCUGGGCUCACGCUGUGUUGGGCCAAAGUAUAUACAUAAUAAGGUACUUCUCGGCCUGGUAUGAGAAUGAUGGGGAUAUGGGCUACAUCCAGAAUGAGUUCUGCAACGGGGGCUCCCUCGAGGACGCCAACAAGAGGAACAGGGAACAGAUGGGGGGCAGAGUGUUUGAGGAGAUUGACGUCAGACAACAGCUGUUCCACAUCGCACAGGCACUCAAAUUCAUGCAUGCUAUGGGAAUUGCACAUAUGGAUGUGAAGCCCGGCAAUGUGUUUGUGAAUAUCUCUCUUCCCAUGACUAAUCGAGAGUCGCCGUGGCUGGUGAACGAGUUUGUGUCAGAGCAUGAAGAGGCUCCCUUUGACGCGGAAACCUGUCUGAGGCAGGGACUGCCCAUCUACAAGUUGGGAGACCUGGGACUGGCCCAGUGGAGCGAUAGAACGAAACAUAAAGGUGACGUCGAAGGAGGAGACUUCAGGUACAUGGCGUCAGAAAUAAUGCAGGACAGAGGCGUGUUUCUAAGCAGAGCUGACAUGUUCUCUCUCGGACUUACUGUUUACGAAGGAGCUGCCGGUUUUAUAGCACCUGGAAGCAGCCAAGAGAAGCCGCAUCCGAACGGUGUAACAUGGCACACUUUGCGUGAAGGGAAAUACCCUCCGCUUUUGCACUGCAGUGCGGAAGUGAACGUGAUUUUGAACCAACUGAUGGACUUCGAUCCUGAAAAGCGGGUCUCGGCGGCGUCAUUAGUGGCGCACCCCCUGUUGAACCCGAUGGCGAAGCGUGAGCGACACCUGAUCAAUGAACUGAACAUGAGAAAUGUGAAGAUUCUCAGUUUAGAGAAGGAGUUGAAACAGCUAGGAAGGAGGGCUGACGGCAACUACGGAACAUACUAGUGCCGCAGCGCCUCUUCUCGUCUCAUCUCCCUUGUAAUUAAAUGUGUAAGUUGUAAAUAUGCUGGCUAAAAUGAUGUGUAUAUAUGUCACAAGUUUAAGGGACUCCUUUCAGUGUACCAAGUCUCCCACUCCAUCCGCAACUCACCACUUAAAACGAAA